AUGAAGGGAGUUUAUUCACCUAAACAAAUUGGUCAUUUUGUGUUAUCUAAUAAUGAAAAUCUUUAAUAAAUCAUUUUAAUAACUUAACAAUAACUUAAUAAUGCUAUUUAAGCUUCUUUUAAAUAAAAGGUCCUUUUCAGGAUUCUUGAAAUAAGUUAAAAAGUAGAAAAGUUAGUUAAUAAGCAAAUUAGUUUGAAGAUACUAAAUGAUUUAAAAGCUGAAAUCUAGAUAUUAUUAGAAAAGGACAUCAAAGGAUCCUCUGAGCGCAUCCUUUUAUAAAGAUUAUAGAUUGAAUUAUAUAACAGAAUAAUCAUAAUUCAAAAACGUCUAAUAAAAUAUGUAGAAAAAAAUAAUUAAGAGUAAAGAAUUUGAAAUACUUAUUAGAUAAAAAAAAAACAAUUAAGGUUAAGUUAAUCCUUCUUCUAAAUUACAGAUUUAUGAGCUAAUAAAAGAAAAAAAUGAACAUAAAAAAAUAAGGAAUUAAAAAUCAAAAACUUAAGAGUGA